CUUUACCACACGCAUAUCAGUGAGAGUUUUUUAGGAAAUAACGACCGGAGGUUUCCGUUGUCAUCCAGGAGCAGGAUAAGCAGAGGAGUGUCGAUAAGAAGAAAUUGGAAGUAGAGAAGAGGGGUUUAGAGAGGAAGAAGGAGGAGGUGGAUGAGGUCCAGAAGCUCCACGUGAAGCUCAAACAGGUGCAGCAACGUUGGGACAAAGAGUGUCUGGCCAGAGACAAACGACAGUGCCAGCAGGAGAGUGCUGGAGCAGCGGGAGCAGCGGUGCCUCCUAGAGGCCGAGCGGCUGCGCUGCGAGCGUGAGGAGCUCGAGGCUCAGCUGCUGGAGUACCAGCAGAGCCUGGAACGACUGAGGGAGGGCCAGAGGAGCGUGGAGAAGGAGAUCGAAGCCCAGCAGAGGCUGCUGCAGCGCUGGAGACACCACCGGCAGAGCAGCCUGCCUGUGACCAUACCGCUGGAUGGGUACAAGGUGUCCGGCCACAGCCGCUCGGGCAGCCUGGACGGCAACCUUUCUGUGUACGAGAACCAGGCCACCAUGCUCGCAUCCCUCCAGCAGAGUCACCCCCCCCCCGCCGCCGCCCCGCUGACGACAACCAGCAGCAGCAGCAGCAUCUGCUCUCUGCCGUGUCAGGACAGAACUGCGGCGCCAACCUGGGCCUGAGCGCCAGCCUGUACAACAGCCUCAACACCCUGCUGAGCCAGGCGCACAGCAAGCCGCCUCCGGAUGGUCGCACGUGCCCCCGGCCUCGGAACGACCUCCCCCGGGCCCUCAGCGGCAGGAUCAGCACCCAGCAGCAAGGGACCAACAGCGACUUCAGCGUGCCGUUGGACAGGCGCUCCCCGGGUCCCUGGAGGUCAGAGGUCACCGGCCACAGACUCUAUGAGGAUGAGGUCUCUCACACCCCUCCUCCCCCCCCACGCCUACCUCUCUCUGGAAGGAGAGAUCGGGGAGGAGGCAUGCGAGGCGAACUGUGGCUCGCGUGUUUGAGACGAGGAAGUACACAGAGAUAUGUGUGCCUUCAUCAGCGUAUGUGGUGGCCAUUAAUCGUCCUCCUCCUGCCUAUUGAAACCGCUGUGCCUUCUGCGGAGCGAUAACUUGUAAACUAGCUUUAACGCGCAUGUUUUUUGUAUGCCCACUGAUUCUUUUCAGCAUCCUUUGCACUGUCUGAUGGCAGAGGUGCAUCCGUCCCCCCGGACAAUGGGAACCCACAGCACCAGAAUUAUCAGCAGUGUUUUUACCAUGAGCACUUAUUGUGUUAAGCCAAUGGAGCCCUUCCCCUGAUGUCCACAGUGCUGUUACCUCUUAUGUGAUCUAAAUAAUAGUGUAAGCAUCUAAAAGACAUUACAAGUAUACUGAUUUUGUUUGAUCAAUAUAAAAAAUAUAUCUAGUUUUAUUGAAAGGCUACCUAUACCUAUGUGUCUUGGAAGAAGAACUUAUAUUCCUAUUAUUUCAUUCCCUCAAGUGCCAAAAAUCCUGCUGUCAAAUACUGUACGUGAUUUGUGGAAAAUAAUUGUGUGUUAUCUUCUUUUCUGAUAACUUAUUGUGUGUAAUUUGCUUUGCGCACCGUCAACGUUGAUCAUCUUGUUGUUGUAAUCUCUGUAAUCAGAUUUGACCAGUAUCAACAUUGUGCUGUCCAUAAAAAACUAUUGCGCCAAAUGUCUGUUUCUGUGCGUUUAAAGCAGCAUCAGUUUGAGAUUUACGCUCCUCUUUUUGUGCAACGCCCCCCCCCUACAUGUAGGAAGCCUGCGCAUUGCCUUAGACUCGUGGGGCUUUCAGUCUGUGCGCGUGCAGCGGCUGUCACUCUGAUUUUGCCUUAUGCACUAAAGGGGAUGCAGCGAUUCACAACACCCUUUAUUUACCUACUAUGGUUGCAUCUAAUCUGUUCUAUGGAUCACAGGGGAAGCUGCUCGGGUGAGUGUUUGGUGCAACAUCUCUGAAGUAUAAACCUCCUUCCAAUGGGCCCUGCAUCUCUACGAGCUUUGUGUGUGACAGUUUUGCAGCCUCCGAUGGCGAGCAUCGGUCCUCUGCAGGCUGACAGCGACGGGCUGAGCCUCUCUCUGAGCUGGCGGGUGAACCACAGCGACUCCGCACGCCACGUCUACGAGAUCCAGAUCCUCCGCGCUGGAAGCCAUGCUGUCGUUUACGAUAGAAAUCUCAGUUUGCCGCCUGUGGAGUCUGAUGCUUACAAGUGGACGUGGACCUCUGACGUCCCUCUGAAGUGCGUGGAUCACUCGGCCAGGGUGCGACAGUUCUACAACCGGUCCGUCCCGAGUCCUUGGAGCAACUGGGUGACCAACUACGGAGCCCUGGCCCAGGAUAAGACCCAGAUCUUCCCCUCCCAAGAGGUGCUGAGGGAGAACACAAGCGCUGUGUUCUGCUGCCUUCCCAAAAGAAGAGACAAUGUUACCAAGAUGACCUUCAAUAACCGGGAAUACCCUCUCCUCGGCUUCGGGGCCAGUCGAGUCAAGGCCAUAACUGUGCACAACUUGAGCAUCCCGAAGACCUUCAUCAAACGCCAUGCAGUCUCUUGUAGCAAUGCCAGAGGUCAGAUCGGUCACACCUUCAACUACGUGAGCUUUCCUCCCCAGAAGCCUAGAAACCUCCGAUGCGCCAUCUCAGACAUGGUGAAUGUGGUUUGCCGCUGGGAUCCAGGCCGAUGGCGAGACCUAUACGAUCGCAACAAGCAAAUACACACUCUCCACGUAGAUAACUGGGACCAAGGACCCGUCGUCUGCGCGUGGUCGUCUUGUACUUUCCCAGCCGCCCCGCAGCGUGAACACUACAACAUCAGCGUGGUGGUGAAGAACCAGCUGGGAGAGGAGACGGAGAGCUACAGCUUCAACGUAUCUGACAGAGUGUUUCCCUUGGUGGAGGUGGUCAGGGUGAGCCCUGAUGUGUCUCAUGCCAUUGUCUCCUGGGCCGUACGAGGGGACUUGACCCGACUGGACUUCUUCUGUCAGGUCGCCACCGAGCCAGGCAGCAUCACUUGGCGGAGUUGUAAAAGCGGUCUCUGCCAAGUCCGACUGGAACAUCUGCUUCCAAACAGCUGCUACUCCAUGAGGGUCCGCUGCUCUUCCAGCCGGACGUUCUGGGGGGACUGGACCCAGCCCGUGUCCUUCACCACCUAUCCGAUGGUGACCUUGGACGUCUGGAGGAGAAUAAAGCGUCUGUCUGACCCGAACACUCGUCAAGUCACUCUACUGUGGACUGUGCAUGUUCCGGGCUCAGCAGCCCCCGUGAACAUCCAGGGCUACGUGGUCCAGUGGUCACAGGGGGGCCAGAACCAGACCGAGUCGAAGGGCGGCGGACACACCUGGGCGGAGGUCAUCCUUGAUGCGGGACAGCAUGACAUCACCGUCCAGGCCGUUGUCACUGGCUACGCCGUCCCCGCUCACAUCACGGUCCCUCGGAGCGAUGACGAGGGAACCGUCCCAGCGACGAAGCGGUUGAGCAGCAACGCAGCCGCUGGUUUCAACCUGUCCUGGCGCCAUGCGGACUCCGCAACCUGUGGCUACACUGUGGAGUGGUGCAUCCUGGGAUGUGCACUACCAUGUACCACGGUGCAAUGGCUCAAAGUGCCAGAGGGAAACAAUACACUUGUCUUGUCUCCUAGACAUUUCAAAGCAGGCUGCAGGUAUACAUUUAAUAUCUAUGAAUGCACAGAAAAAGGACACCGACUACUGGCGGUACAGACGGGAUACUCACAAGAGCUCCGGUUUGUAAAGUCCCCGAGGUUGAUUGAACCGGUUCAGAGAACCUCGUCAUCUGUGAUGCUGGAGUGGAGUUACAGCGAGGACGAUCCGGCCCACCCGGGGUUCAUCACGGGUUAUCUGGUUACAGCACAGGAAGUAGGGGCUGGUGGGUGCAACGAUCCAUUCAACGUGUCUGUGGCCGACCCCGGCAGGAAGUCUGUCAGCGUGGACGGACUGCAGCAGAACCAGGAGUACGUUUUCUCAGUGAGCGCGCUCACUGAGGGGGGGCCUGGAGAACCGACCAGGGUCACUAUCAGGACCUCAACCAACUAUUCUACUCCGUUGGCCAAGAUACUGCCCCCCGUCCUGUUGCUGCUGGGCUGCGCCGUUCUCGCGUGGCCUCAAAGAAAAAUGUUGAAGCAGAUCUUUGCUUAUCCUGCUGGUAUGAACAUCAACCCCCCCGAGUUGGACAGCUUCCUGUUUGAGACUGCAGAGCGGCUGCAGGCCCAGGAAGUGGAGCAGUGCAGCAGCUGUGCUGUAGAGGUCCUGAUCACCACGCCUCCUGUCGGAGGACCUGAGCCCCGUCCUGGGUCACUGCCCCGGCCUCCGCUCCACACAGACUACUGCCCGCAGUCAGUCACGGUGCUCUUGGAUAGGCCGGUCCGUCAGUCAAUCACAAACGAGACUUAUCUGCUCACACGGGAUACAUUUUGUGAGAGUCAGAACUUCUGAUCACUGGAAUGCCAUCUCAGUCUGAAACAUCUGGGAGUCUGCAGGAGUUUUGUAUGAGAAGGACCGAGAACUGAGCGCUUGAAAUACUGUAAAUAGAUGGGGUUUUUUAUUAGACAGUCUUUUUAAAGUUAAUACAAGUAGCUUCUCUAUGGUUACCACAUGUUAAAAUGCAGUUUAUCAUAACAGAUUGUACAUGGAGCAGAAAACCGAGCAGGUGAUGUGGACACUAGUACAAAGUGGAAGUGAAUACCACAUUCAUGACGAACUUACUUCUAAGGUUUGAGUUGUUACUACUGGAUGCAACUUUUAGCUUUGAUAACAAUGGUGAACAUAAUAAAAUACAGACAAUACCUGUGGUGUGAUUUU